AUGGCGCUGACCGCCGCUGGUGUCGCCGUCGGUUCGACCAUCGGUCACACCUUGGGUGCCGGUAUCACCGGUAUGUUCGGUGGUGGCUCGCUGGCCCCCGCCCAACCCGUUGAACAACAGGUGGCCCCCGUGGCGCAGCAACAGCAAAACAUGCAAGCCAGAGCUUGCGACGCCGACGCGAGAAUGUUCACCAAGUGUCUCGAAGACAACGACGGCAACAUGCAAGUGUGCGACUACUACUUGCAACAGUUGAAGGCGUGCCAAGACGCUGCCAGACACUACGCCGCCUAA